AUGAAGUUUUAUUUUAAUUGUUUAUUUAUAAUUUUGGUGAUUUUUGGUUUUGAAACAAAGCAACAAGAAUCUACAUGUGAUUUUACAAGUCUUGUUAAAUGUUUUAUUGAAGUUUUAGAUGAAUGGACAUGGACAUUAUAUGAAUUAAGUGAUAUAAAAAAAAAUAUGGUUGGUAUUACAAAUGAUCAAUGCCAACAUUUAAGAAAAUUAGAAAUAUGUAUGGAUGAUGGUAAUGAAAAUCCUCAUUCAUGUACACAUAAAGAAGUUGUUGAAGUAUCUAACACAGUUUCUGAUUUAAUAACGCAUAGAAAAAAUGCUGGAUCUUUUCUUAAAAGUUAUUAUCUUCUUAGUUUUGCAUGUUCUAAUGAAGGACAAAAAUUAAUAAAUGAAAAUGAGGAAUGUUUUAGAUCUGAACAUAUCAGUGAAAUGACAAUCUCAGCAGGAACAUAUUUAAGUGAAAAAUUUUUAGAAAGUGAUAAAGAAGAUGAUGAUAUAUGUAAUGAUCUUAAUGAAAAAAUGGAUGAAUAUAAAGAAGCUCUAAGACAAGCAUGUAAUAAACGUGCUCAAUAUUUAAUGUGUAAAUCAUUAGAAAGUAUGUUUAAAGGUCUUCAUGCAGAUAAAUUAGAAGGAUGUGAUUUAAAUUGUGGCUCAAUUGAUGAAUUAGAUGAAGAACAGGAAUCUGAAAUACAUGAAGUUCAAAAUGAAGCUGAAAUGGGCCAACCAAAUGCUUUACUUAAUGUUGCAUCAUAUUCCCAAAUUGGAGGAAGUCUUUCAAUACUGCCAAUAAUUAUUGUAUUUGUCUUAUCUGCUAUUUACCUUAACUUUUUAUAA